ACCCGGCAUCAGUCAUCGUCCUGCAGCGAGACAAACAACACGUGCUUGGUUCAGUUUAAAACAAAAAGUGUUCUAACAAGACUUCACUAUGAUCGUAGACAAGAGCAAGAUUCGUCACCUGUUGGACCUGUCCAUCUCGGAGAAGCGCACCUUCCUCAACUCCUUCGACACGAUCCUGUCCGAUUGUGACGGCGUCGUGUGGAACUUCACCGGUCCCAUCCCGGACGUGGACCAGGCGCUACAGCUGCUGAAGCACCAGGGCAAACAGGUGGCCUUCAUCUCGAACAACGGCAUGCGAACCAUGGCCGAGUACAAGCACAAGUUCCACCAGCUCGGGCUGGACGUGCAGCAGCGUGACAUUGUCCACCCGGCGUUGACCACGGUGCGGUACCUCAAGUCGGUCAAAAUGCAGGACGCGGUCUACUGCAUCGGAACGGAGAUCUUCAAGGACUACCUGCGGGAUGCCGGCUUCAACGUGCUCGACGGUCCCCACGAACCCAUCCCGGACAACCGGGAAACGAACGGCGUCCGCGUGUUCCAGGAAUUCUUCACCGAAACCACCAGCCCCAAGGUCGGUGCCGUCGUGAUGGACAUCGACGUCAACAUCUCGCUGGCGCACCUCAUGAAGGCCAAGUGCUACCUGCAGCGGAAUCCGGAUUGUCUGUUGAUUGCUGGCGCGACCGACUACAUCGUUCCGCUGGACACCAGCAUGGACGUGGUCGGACCGGGUUACUUUAUCGAAGUGCUGGAGCGGUCCAGCGGGCGGAAGGCACUGGUGUUGGGCAAACCGGGCCAGGCGUUGGCCGACUUUAUCCUGGACCAGUUCAACGUGACGCGGCCCGAGCGGACACUCUUCGUCGGAGAUAUGCUGCCACAGGACAUGGGCUUCGGCACGCGGUGUGGCUUCCAGAAGCUGCUGAUGCUAAGCGGCGGCACCACCCUCGAGAUGAUGCUCGCGCACCAAAAGCCGGAAGAGCUGCCCCACUACUACGCCGACUCGUACGCGGACUUUAUCCAGCUGUACAAGGAGGUGGCCGAGGCGGACCGCAAGAAGAAGAAGAUUUGAGGGCGCUCGCUCCGAGGCGGUGGAGACUGAUGGGACGUGAUAUCUGGGAACAGUUUUCUUCGGAGAAGAGGUUUGACUAUUUUUUUCGCGGGAAGGUUCCCAAAACUUUAUCUUAAGAUUUUAGUGGUAAGAAGUUAGAUGUAAACAAUAAAGUCACUAUGAAUUUGUAAAAA